GUAAUGGUGCUGAUGAGGGGACGAAGAGGAGAGGUGUGUUUGUGUGUGUGUGAGAGAGAGAGAUGCUGCUGUUGUGUCCUGCUGCCAUUUCAUCCGCGGAUCCUCUCGGAAAUAUCAACAGUCCUGCUCAGAUUAAGCUGCAGCUCGGCUCAUCUGUCGGUGUUCACACCCAACAGGCUGAUUUCAUCCGUAAAAAAACGGCUCCAAUGUUGAUGGUGGACAAGAGGCCUAGUUAAUAGGAUGUAUGUUAUUGGUGCGGGUUAUUUCUCUUAGCAAUAACACAACCACUGCUACUCUGGAGGGUCAUUUUUAGAAGACAUAAUCGAGGAUAUGGGGUUUGCUUUUUACAGGUACUGAGCUCUUAACUUUAAGGUUUUAUUUUGGUGAGACAUGGAGACAAUAUGGCUUUAUCAGUUUCGUCUGAUCGUCAUUGGAGACUCCACGGUCGGCAAGUCGUGUCUGAUCCGGAGGUUCACCGAGGGCCGCUUCGCCCAGGUGUCAGACCCAACAGUGGGGGUGGACUUCUUCUCCCGCCUGGUGGAGAUCGAACCGGGCAAAAGAAUCAAACUACAGAUCUGGGACACUGCAGGACAGGAGAGGUUCAGGUCUAUCACCAGAGCUUACUACCGUAACUCAGUUGGCGGACUCUUACUCUUCGACAUUACAAACCGCCGUUCCUUCCAGAACGUCCACAACUGGCUGGAGGAGGCCCAGAGCCACGUCCAGCCGCACAGCAUCGUCUUCCUGCUGGUCGGUCACAAGUGUGACCUGGAGGCCCAGCGUCAGGUGACCCAGCAGGAGGCAGAGAAGCUGGCAGGGGCCUUUGGGAUGCGCUACGUGGAGACAUCGGCACGAGACGCUAUCAAUGUGGAGAAGGCGUUUGUGGAUCUGACAAGGGACAUCUUUGAGCUGGUACGGGGCGGGGACAUCAAGAUCCAGGACGGCUGGGAGGGCGUCAAGAGCGGAUUCGUGCCCAACACCGUCCACUCUUCUGAGGAGGUCGCCAAGGGCAGCCGGCAAUGCUUGUGCUGAUUCAACCUGGCUGCAGCAUGUAGGGUGACAGGUGGUAAUACCUGAGUGGACUCCAUCCGUAAGAGAUCUCACUCACCUUGGCUCCACUACAUGGCCAGUUACUUGGGACUUAUGAUAUUUCCCCCUGCUCAGUUACAUACUUUACUUCUAUACACUGUAUAAGACAGUCUUUUAUCUUUCAGGUGCCUGUUUAUGGCUCCAAACUUAAGACACUCUGUUAAUGUUCCUAACAGGCAUAGAAGCACAAGAAGUAUCUUAACCCCACUCACUGUUCUGUGUGCAUGUGACUGUAAUAAUCCUGCUGUCUUUGCAGCUUUUACCAACACUUCAGCUUUACAGCACUUUUGGCCAUUCCCGAUGUGUACAGUUAUACUCCAGCGGCCACUUAUGUUGUUGCCGCACAUCUCCUAAACACUGGUACUGUCAGUGUAGUGUGUCUUAUGCUCAUGUUAAUUUAAAUCUAAAUCAGUGUUGCCAAGACUGAGUCUCCUCCUUUUCAUGCAUACAUAUAUUGCAACCUGUAUCCGGUGAGAGAGAUGAGACGGAAAGAGAUCUUCACUGAUUGUACUGCACUACAAAUCCAAGUGGCUUAUCACAUAAAGAGAGUGGAGGAUGAUGAAAGUGAACUCCAAAGUGAACCAAAGUUUCAGAAACUGAGUCUGUCGUGUCUGUUUGUCUGACUGUGACCUGCUGACGACUGGAGAGAGUUUGCACUGUGAAAAUGUUCAAUGGUUGACCAAUGAUUGCUGUAGCUGCUCACUGAUACCCAUUAUAACUUAAUCAUAGCAAGGAUUUCUAUCAAUAUGGUAAACACCUGGUUCAUGUUUACUACUCUCUGUUGGUUUACUGCUGAGAACAGUUAAGAUAUUAAAGCAUUUUGUAUGGAAGCCCAAAGUGUUCAAUAUUAAAUAAUAUAAAAAGAAAACAUUUAAAAAUAAAUAAUGAUAUGAAUAAAUUGUGUAAAAUACAUACUGUAAAUGAACCAACAAUUUGUCAAAUGAUUGAAGAAAUUAUUCAAACUAAUCUCAUCAUUAUGAAAUAUUACUUAAUCUUGUUUUUUCGUAAUUUUAUUUUAUUGGAGUUAAUUUUUAUUUGAUUUUAGUAAUUUUUAUUUCAAAAUGUCCCUUUUCCAACGUCUGUUUUUAAGUCUUAGUGUCACUUUCUAUGAUGGCACAUUUUAUUUCAUGUCACUUUUCAUGACAGUGGUGUUACUUUUUGCCAAUCGCGUACUCGCCUGCCUCUAUUAGGCCAGCUCAACAACUGCUAACAGAAUUAGCCAGUUAGCUGGAGCAACAACAAUGUAAAAGUAAUCCUGAAUCAGUCUCGUUGCUGCUACUGAGUCAGUGUACUUUGCAGCCAACAGAUUUUCAUUUUGAAAUGAGAAAACCAAAAUACCAUCUAUAAAUAUAACGUGUGCUGCUUUUUUUUUGUUUUUUUCUGUUUUUUAUUUAAAUUUUUUUGUUGUUUUUUGUUUGUUUUUCUCAUUUCAAAACGAAAAUCCGUUGGCUGCAAACAUCACAGAAACAUAAACUAAACCUCCUUUUAGUUCUUAAGUAUUAGCCUAACAUGGUUGCACAUGCUACCUCGCUUAAAGUUUUACACAGCGUCAAAGUGAAAAGACAGUGUUAGCAUUGUUAGCUCGCUCCGGACUGUGCGUCACAGAGUUGUGUGUCUUUCUCUGAGGAGCUAACUGGCUACAUUUGAUAGCAUUGUUGAGCUAAGAGAGGCCGGUGACACCACCACUGACAAGGAACAUUACACUCUGAAAUAAACUGUGACCAAGAAAUAAACAAUUAUUUAUACAUUCAUACAAUUUAUAAGUUUUAUGCAAUAUAUUCAUGAAAUAAUUUAUUUCAUAAUUACUUGUGUAUUUAUUAAAUAUUGAACACUUUCAGGCUCCAGACUUUUGGAAAACUGAUUUUAUGAGUUUGUGACACCUUCAGGUCAAAAUCUCUUGUCAAUGCUUAUGCCUCCAUUUAUAGAUUCAAUCAUAUCCAUAUUUAUAAACAAUGCAUGCCUGCAGUUUAACUCAAAUUUUCCAAAGAAAGAAAAACAUUUUUUAUUUUUGAUAAACUGUAAAAAGCCACUUCACCUGGAAACUCAUCAGGAAGAGCAGAAUUAAAAAGUGAAUAAUUUGUUAUUUGUGACAUUAUAUCUCGUGCAGUGACAAAAAAUAUAUGUGAAACACUUAAAGUGAACAAAUUAGGAUAAUUUAAACCCCGCUACAGGAUUUCAGAUCAGAUUGGUAGCAUUAUAAUUGAUGAAUUCAUUCAACAGUAUAGAAAGAAAGAAUGGCAAGUGAGUUCAUUUAUUUAAACUGUGCAGUGGAAGUGUCUCUUUCGAGUGCCUUUUGGAAGAAAGAAGCCUAAAGAAACACAAUCAACUUCCUGUUCCAAAUGUGUGUUUAUCCUGUGAAUAUUAAAAUCUAAACUGUAAGGUGGUGGGAAACAACAUUGGUAUUGCAUUAUACGACCUGUAAAUAAUUUCUUUGAAACCAAACCCUGACAAGGUUGACUGUUUGAUGUUGUUGUGACUCUGGGAUUAUCAUAGCACAAGUGUCAUCAAUAAUAAAUGCCUGGAGACAUUAAUAAAGAUUUGCCUUGUGCAAAGAUUG